AGCCUGGUCGGACUGGUACCGGGACCGGACGUGCUUUGAAUCAUCUGACGGUCCGGUACCAGCAGGGUGGGGUCAGAUCUCUGGUUUGCUGUGUGUGAUGAAGACUCGGUGAUGAAGACUCGGUGAUGAAGACUCGAUGAUGAAGACUCGGUGAUGAAGACUGCGGACUGAUGAAGGUCUGAUUCUGCGGGGUCUCCUCCUCCUCUCGCGCAGGGAGCGCGCCGCGCGGCACCGGACGGACGGAGAGGCGUGACGCGCCGGAACCGCAUCUCCAGGAUGGCAGGUCCUGACGUGUGGUCGGGGAUCAAACCUGAGGCUCUCUGAUGAUCAUGGACCCUGUGAUCCCUCCGGGCGCCGGCUCCAGGAUCAGGACUAGGAUGGAGCACAGAACGUCAGCGAGCAGCAGACGCACGCUCGCUGCGGUACUGCUGUCGGCCGCCAUGUUGGUUUCUAUGGUGACAUCGAGCUCACCUGCUCCAGGUGUGUUGGACUUUAACAGAACUGCAGAGUCUCUGUCUCGUCCUUCAUCAUCAUCAUCCUCGUUACCCUCCGACCCCUCUUCCCUCUCCCCCUCUCCACCUCGACCUCUCGCCCCAAGUCCGCUCUCAGAAUCCGAUUACCACGGCAACAGCCACGGGGCGGGCUCGUCAGAGGACUCGGACUCGGGCGCUCAGGGGAUCCACCUCCUGCUGAGACCUCCAGACCUGCUGUCCCCCAGCCUCCCCCCGCCCCUCCCCCCACACACCCAGCCCACCCUCACCCCUCCCCCUCCCUGGGAGCAGGGUCCCUCCUUGGAGGAGGCCUGGGGCUCCGGAGACUACCUGGAGACUCUUUCUUUCAUGGUGCCCGAUGGGGAGGAGCUUGCCCUGGCCACGCCCCUUCCCAAUCACCCCUAUGACGAGGACGAUGGGGGGGACUGGGUCUCCUACGACAACACCUUCCCCGCUCGUCCCACCCUUUCCCUCUCCUCCCGCCUUCCCCUCUUGCCCUCCUCCUCCACCCCCGGCAUCGCCCUGCACACUCGCCCCGCCCACCCGGAUGUCUUCCCCACCUGGGACGAGGACUACGACCUGGAGGACAUGAUGCCCCUGGAGCCGACGGAGCUGCUGCUCCCGGACAUGAACAGUCUGGAGUACUACACCAACCUGCUCGCCCGGGAGAGGGAGAGGGGCCGGCCCGACUCCAAACCCCCCAUCGCUCCGACCACAACCCAAACCCCCGCUGCCCUUCCGUCUCCAUCCCCGAGCUCUGGCCCUCAUCAGGAACGGGAGCCUAAGCGCCCCCCAGUGGGUCCUACCCCUCCUCUCACCCUGUCGCCUACUCUCACAGGUGAGGGGAAGCCACACCCACCAUCGACGACUCUAAAAACCCCUUCCACCGCCCCUCCUCCAGCUCCAAAACCAAAAGACCACGCCCCAAUCCCGGGCAGGCACCCUCCUCGUCCCCCUUCAAACACCACCAGCAGGGUGCCUCCCCCUCCACCGCUGGGCCCCCCCACCCGCCCCGACAGACCAGAGAGGCCUCCUGUGGUUGUAGAGAAGCCGGGGAUGACUCCUCCAACUCAGACCACCACCACCACUACCACCACCACGCAGAUCACUGCCAUCAGCCUGACCAGAGCCCCUCCGGUCACAACACCUAAAGUGGCCCAGACUCCGCCCACAAGGCAGUACCUGUGUAACGUCACCAAGCCGGAGAUGUACCUGGUCAGAGUAGUCAGUUCCAGAGGUUCACCUGCAGGUUUCAGUCAGGUCAGAGACCUCCUGAAGAGAGAGUUCAACCGCUCAGUGGAGCUACAGUUUCUGAGAACGCCGUCCAGUUUUGCCUUUCGAGUCGUUUCAGGACCCCUGAUCUUCACCGCCAUUUCGGUCAUCAACGCCCUUCGCACACCGGCGCGCGGCACCGGCCCAGUUCCCACUCUGUCGCCGCUCUACACCAUACCUGACCUCAGGUACCAGGUUCACUCUGUGCUGCAGUUUGUCCCCGCCCACGUGGAUGUCAGGGUCUGCAACUUCAGCGAGCGGGUGGAGAGAGGGCUGAUGAUGGCGUACGCGGAGACGCGGAGACGGACGCACGAGGCGGGAAACGUGAGCGUACAGCUGUUAAACGUCACCCUGAGCGUGACACGCCCAACAAUGGAGAAGAAAGUUCCGGUUGACAUCACCUUCGCUGUGCGGGAUGGGCGAGACUACCUGCUGGGGUCAGAGGUCAGCGAACACCUGAGGAAGCUGAACCUGGUUGAGUUCAGCUUUUACGUCGGAUUUCCCGCCCUUCAGAUCGCAGAACCGUUUCAUUACUCUGAGCUGAACACGUCUCACCACCUGCGCUCCACCUGGGUCCGCACAGUCCUGUUGGGGGUUCACGAGCAGCUGGUGGCUGAGAGGAGCUUUAAAGCUCGUCUGGAGAGACGCCUGGCUCUGCUGCUGGAGGAGGGACUGCAGGGAGUCAACAGGAGGCGCUGGAAGAGAGCUACAGCAGUGGGCAACAACAGUCUGCAGGUUGUCCGGGUGUUGUCGUUGUCUGGUCCAGAGCGCCCCCUGGAGGUCUUUUAUUUUGUGGAGGGUCCAGGCGGUGAGCGUAUACCAGCUGAGGUGACAGCAGCCACCCUUAACCGCGUUGACCUGCAGAGAGCCGCCAUCGUGCUGGGACACCGAGUCCAAAGACCGCUCGCCCAGCCGGUGGAGACCCUCUCCAUCCCCCCUGCAGAGACUCAGAGCAGCAGUGUCUGGCUGAUUGUGGGUGUGGUCGUUCCGGUGCUGCUGGCCGUCUUCAUCAUCAUCAUCCUGUACUGGAAGCUGUGCGGCUCAGAGAAGCUGGAGUUCCAGCCAGACGCGAUAAACACGAUCCAGCAGAGGCAGAAGCUCCAGGCUCCCAGCGUCAAAGGUUUCGACUUCGCUAAGCUUCACCUCGGUCAGCACAGCAAAGACGACAUCAUGGUGAUCCAGGAGCCUGGCCCCCUGCCCGCCCCUGUCAAAGAGGCCACACCCUCCGACGGUGGAGACCUCAAUACCCCCAAAUCUAAAGGCUCCUCCACCAAGGCAGCGCGCUCCGGCCGCCGCAGGGGCCGGCUCAGCCCAUCAGACGGUGACUCGUUAGGAAGCGAGCAAUCGAGCGGCAGAGAAUCGGCCGAGGAAAGCACUCGAGCUGUGGCCACGCCCAGUGAGGGGAAACAGCACAGGAAGACGCCCAAAAAUGGGAGGAGCAAGAUGGGUGGCGGUCCGGACGAGCUCCUCUCCUCCUCCUCCAUCUUUGACCACGUCGACCGGCUUUCUCGGGGCUCAUCUGACGGCACGCGUCGCCAGGCCAACAAGGUGCAGCUGAUUGCCAUGCAGCCUCGUCCGAGCCCGCCGCAUGCCGCGUCACAGCACAGCCCCACCCUCACUGAGAAGGUCAAUACAGAGGUGGCGCUGAGACACAAGUCAGAGAUCGAGCAUCACAGGAACAAACUCCGGCAGCGAGCCAAGAGGCGGGGCCAGUGCGAGUUUCCCUCCAUGGAUGACAUCAUGGACGCAUUUGGAGAGGGACCCGUGCAGAGCGAAGUGGCGCAGCGUCUCUAUAGCUCUGCCCACGACCACAUGGACUGCAUCCUGCAGGCCGACGGCCAAUCUCCCCCCACCCCCAACGACUCCAGGAAGAGAGGGAGGCGCUCUCCUCGGGGUCGGCGGGCUCAGCCAGGACCUGGAAGUCUUCCUGAUACAGACAGAGAUCGGUUGCUCACUGAUCAAAGCGCCACCUACAGGAAAUACCCAGGACUGAACAAUGUGGCGUACAUGUCCGAUCCGGACCUGCCCCCGGAUCACGGAAGCCCCUCCCCCACUGAUGAAGUGUUUGACUCUGCCCCACCCCCGCCCCCCUACAUGCCCCCCCAGCCCUCCAUAGAGGAGGCGCGGCAGCAGAUGCACUCCCUCCUGGACGACGCUUUCGCCCUGGUGUCGCCGUCCUCGCAGGGCAGCGCCGGGCUGAGUGGGGUAAGCCCUGCCCUGCCUAGCCCCUCCCCCCAGACCUGCCCCCCAGGCAGGCAGUGGGGCUCUUACCAAGCAGCCCCCUCUCAGAGCCCCUUUUCUGCAAGAUACGCAGAACUAGGGAUGUCUCCCACGUCUGUCCAGGGUCUACUGCAAAGACAGGGCCUGAGUUCAGGAGGGUACAUCUCUACUGGAGACCAGCUGCAGGACUCUGUUUACUCCAGCAGGGGGCAGUAUGAAGACCCCCCUUCAUCAUCCAGACCGCGACCUGUAGGGGGGCAGCCAGGUGCACAGCUCCAUCACCUGACCCAGGUGGGUCUGUCGAGUCAGAUCAGCGCGUAUCCCGGGGUGGGUCGCAGUAUGUCGGGUCCAACCGGCUCCAGCUGGAACCAGCAGCACUCGGACCAGGACCUGUCGAGACCAGGAGCCAGCAGAGAGAGUGUGCUGUCGUUCCCUGAGUUCUCCUCAUCCUCGGUUUUUCAAAUGCCCAGCUCCUCGUUGCGGGACCCAUCUGCCCCGCCCCUCCUUCUGACCUCACCGACCCCCGAGUACCCACCUGAGGAUGCCUCCCCUUCCGCCCACACCUCGGCCUCCCUGAUAAAGGCCAUCAGGGAGGAGCUGCGACGUCUGGCCCAGAAACAGGCAGCAGUGACCAGUUACCCUUAGACUGGUCCGGGAUUCUCUUGGAUCAGUACUGGACAGGUUUCCGAGCCUGUAAGGACCAGCUUACAAACAUGAAACUGAUCACAACACUUUGGACUGUGGAUCUACGACUGUGCCGUCAAACACUUAAUAACUCUGGACCACGAUCCACAUCUGAAUGAGGACAGAGUCUCUGGACUGAAGGACCUCCGGUUCUGUACAGGGUCCCCAUCUAUUCGUCUGUCUGUCAUCCUUCAGCUCCAUGUUCAUUGGUCAGUUCUGACUCUUCAUGUUUCCAUUCAGGUGCUUCCUAAACAGGUUCAGUCACUGAUAAUCAAUCCACAACUUCAGGAGCAACACUUUUAUUCUGAAUGUUUUAUUCCUGCUGUUCCUCAAUGAAUCGUUUUAAUGAUGGUCUGAUGUGGAUCAUCGAUCCUGAGCUCCUGAUGGUCUCUCCUGACUUGGUUAGGGAGAUCUUUUAGUCCUAAACUUCUGGAGCUGAUUGUUUUCCCCCCUCACAUUCUUCAGUGGCAGUUUAUUCCUGAACACAUCGAGUGGAUCAUCUGGCCUUACUCUCCGGGGGAAGAGAGCACUGCUGGAUUCUGGAGUGCCUGGUCACUACAGACUCCCUGCAGAGAUCCAGCCUUGCUCUUCCAGAAAUUCAAUGAAGAUUGUUUUUUUUAAGCAUCUGAACCCUCCUGACCGUACGAUUUGUCCUUCCUGACCCUACAAGUGGAUGUUCCCUCCUGACCCUACAAGUGGAUAUUCCUUACCGAUCGUACAGAAGGAUGUUCCCUGCCAAUCGUUCCUCCUGAAGUUCUGACCUCGAUUGUCUCUCUGGACCUUCUGUGGUGCUAACUGUCAGCCUCGUACCAUCUCCUCAUCGACCACUUAUUGCCUUCACAUCCCAUCAGCCGCGAGGAACAGGUCUCCGUCCAUCAACCACAUCAGUGCAGUCUUUGCACUGUCGACAGCUGGAGGUGGCAAAUAGUUCCUACGGCAACAGGACGCAAAAUAGGAAAAUAAAAUAAAUAUCUAUAAAGUUGAUAUAAAUAUCUGUAAAGAGAUAGAAUCCCAAUGAGCACAAUAUAAAUGUCAGAGUAAUUAUCGGAGUAUUGAGAUGUGACUUAUUUUUUAUUGCUUAUAAAUGAAAGUAUACUUUAAAUCCUUUAUUUUGAUCAAAAAAAAGACCAAACUACUGUUCUAGUUGUGUUGCUCUUGUGUUUGAGCUCGCUGUAGAUCUGAGCCUGCGCUUAUUUCUCAGUGUAGGCGUUGCUUACCGUAGCUGCUAGCUUGUUGUGUUCAUGUAUCGGUGGCAAUGAAAAAAGAAAUACUGCUAUUGCAUUGCUUUAAUAUAUCGAGUUCCCUCAUUGGCAAUGUGUUGCAUUCAUCAAUCUGUGGGCAGAAAAAUAUAGAUUAAUUUUUCUGUGCGGAGGCAGAGAUGUGAAACCAGUCGUUCAUCACAACCGGAAGAUGAAGCUAAUAGCCAACACACCAGCGUCCCUCGGAGGCUUUAAAGUUCAUUAUACUCGAGAAAAUUGCCCAAAAUAGAUGUAAUGAGUGGAGCAGUGAUGAUUUAAGGUCAACCUUAAAUGUCCUUCUUAUCUGCGUAAGGUUAACAAGGGAAAGAAAACGGGACCCAGGACAGAACCUUGGGGUGCACCACAACUAAGAGUCACAGAUAAAAACUUGAAAACAAAGCUGCUUCAGAAGUUUUAAGUUUAAGAUGGAAGAUUUGCUUUUCUCUUUUAAUUAAUGGUUGUAGCUAUGAACCAUAAGUACUCUUUAAAUUCUACAUCUGGCACUCACAGACUACCUGAAAACCAUCCCACUGGAUGAUUUCAACAACUCUGACAUUUUUUGUCUUCACGGGCCGGUUGUGCAGCUGAACGACUGGUUCUCCUCUCUGCUAGUCGGCUGUUUUCUUUGUAGUGUUGUGGAGAAGUCAGUCGCUCGUAAAAAAAAAAGAAAAAAGAAAUCUGGUUUCAUUGAGUAAAAGAGGGUUUGUUCGUCUCUGCUCUCUGCUCUUCUUUAGCAUGUUUGACUAAGUUUGAGGCUUUAGCUACUCGUGAUGUUCCAGUAAAUGUUAGCAUGCUGCUUAAAGAUAUUUAAAAACAGAAUUUGAAAAAGUAAAGAGUUGUUCCACAUCAAGUUAAGAGUGAGCAAAGAGUGCCAUCAAACCAUCAUUCAUCCAAACACAGUAGGAAAAAAAAUCAUAUGAAUCAUGUAUUUUUUUUUUUUUUUGCAUUUACAAAAGCUAUUUUUAAAUCUAAAGAAAGUGGAUAUGGUGUUUAAUAGAAAACAUAAUAUAUAUGAAAUAUUUUAUCUGUGAUCGCUCUGCUGAAUGGACUCAAAGAUCUGCCCAUCAACAGUGCCAACACAUCCUUCAUGGAGCAGGAACACACCACAGAACUUGUCGCUGGCUGUGGACUCUCUGAUUGGACCUUAGCACCUGUCAUUCAGGCUGUAGGACUUGGUCAUACCCUACAGGUUCACAUGGUGCUAAAUCUACGACUCCAGGUGUGUCUGAAACACGUCAGAUCACGCCUGAAACAGAAAAAAAGUCAACCUGUGUACAGUGCAGGUGACAAGAUGACCCGAGGAGUUUGUAUUGUCGUAUCAAUCUUCUCCUGAAUGUUUCCUUCAAUGUUUUCUAGAGUUUCUGUGUUUUCUAGAUCCUCAGUGAGUGGACGAUGUUUACUCGUGACAAAACUACAGAUCCCGUCUUACUCGCAUUACACUAACACAGACAGAGCCUCCAAGUCCUGAAAUCUUUUCUAAAUCGUGUGCAAACAAGAUGUUAUCCAGAUACAAACAUGUCCAAACAUCCUUACAGAAGUAAACAAGAUACCGAACACUUAUCACAAGAUUAUAACGACAUGUUGAGUUAUAAGAAAACAAAAUAUUAACUUUCACUAAUUUGUGCUUGUGGGUAACACAAUUUGACAAAACAGAUAAAUCUUCUAACCUUUAUUAGGGACUCAAAAACAAAGAUGUCUGUGCAAAGUAAUAUUAGAAGUACUUAGUAUUUUGCAUGCAGAUGCUUGUACAAUGUCUAACUUGCAAAAGUAUUUAUUGGCAAUAAGUUGAAUGCAAGUUAGACAUUGUGCACGUUUUUCCUUGUGUUUUCCUACUCUACCAUUGAAACUGAAAACAUGUUUUGUAGUUUCUGAUCUGUAAUGGUCGCACAGUUUGAGUCUGUAGUUUUGUCCUGAAUAAAAAACGUCCCUCUCUGAGCUGAACCACAUUCCCGCCACUCCUCUCAGGUGAUGUUCCAACACGCAGCUUCACUGAGACCGACCAGGUGAGCUCGCAUCUGUUCCAGGUGUGAUUCAGGUAACUCAGUGAGACUGCCUGCUGGAAAAACCUGAAGGAAAAAAGUUACUUUAAUGUGACAUCAGUGACCUGGGAACACUGCCAGCAGUCUCACCUGUCCGCCUGCAGCCAGGUGAGUCUGAGUGUGUCACAUGACAGGACCUACGUGACCUUUGUGUGAGCUGCAUCCUGUUUGAGUCUAAAAGAUUGUGUUAUCUAACAUUAAAGAGAUGUGUUUAAAUCAA